CUCUCCAUUAUCUCACCACCCCAACUCCCCCCCCGUCAUUCAUUGAACCCCCUGCUGAUCGUCUCGUCUCUCCUUAUCCCUUGAACUCUUGUUGUCUCACUUCCACACUACACUUAAUUUCGUCCUCUUAUUCAAUGUAAUCAAUCUCUUUGUCCGCGUUGUCUUCUUCUUCCACCUUCCCUAGUCCCCAUGAACGAGAAUGUCUAAUCUCUCGGAUGCGCCACCCCAGACCCUAUCGAUCCGUCGGUCUGCAACCCUGCCCUCCAAGCUCAAUCCCCGGACGCGACGUCAGUCCGAAUCCUUCAGGCCGUCGGAGAACGAUCUCUUCUACCACCCGGCCGCCAAAGUCGUCCAUUUCUCUCCCAGAGCCCUCGCCCCCAUCCCCUCCAGCACCGCGCCCUCCGACUUCGACUACCCGGUCGACACCGUCGAGACCCUACCGUGGAGAUCCCCGACGGAGCGAACGGUCGCGUUCGCGCCUCUCCGCCUGGAAAGCAUCCAGGGCCUCACCGUCUUCCUCAAGUGCGGCAAUGUGGUCCAUGCGAUCCUCAAAAACUCGCAGUGUUGGUGCGUCGACGGCGAGUCGACCUUCGUCCUGCGCAUCCGUCCGUUGACCUACUAUCGCAUCGAGCUUCCCAAUGAUUCCGACGACAACAAGGGUCUGGUCGCGGAGAUCAAGGACGUGCUGCCGCGAGUCCUCCGCUACGAGGUGACCCCGUGCCCCUUCAAGAGAGGUUUUACGGUGGAGAUCCCGGAGGAGGCCAAAGCGCCCAGGCGGAAGAGGGCAUGGCGCCCCAAGGGACGCCGCGAGAGCGCGCCCAUCAACUCGGGCUAUGUCCAGGGGCUGCUGAGCAAGGAGUUCGCGAGGGACUCCGGGGAUGACACGGAUGGCAAUGCGACGGAUGAUAGUGGCUUCACCAGGGGCAGCAACAGCACGGCGUUGGAGACUAUUCCCGAUGAGGAUCCUGAGCCUCAGACUGAGUCUGCAGAAGAAACCGAACCUAUGCAGGCAGCCGAACCUGCACAGGCUGAAGCUGCGCCAGCAUCCGAACCUGCUCAAACGGCCGACCCUGCUCAAACAGAGCCCGUUCGAUCAUUCGACCCUUCACCCCCAUCCGAACCCCAGCCAUCCGCACCUGUUGACCUGCCCAGACGCUCGGUCCAGGAGACGGAACAGAGCUUUCAGACCUUGCUGGCAAGGUUUGAAGACAGCUCGGAGCAGGUUGAUCCUGACAUGUCUUUCUCCUCGAGCGUCGAAUCAUUCCAUUCUCUAUCGGCGUUGCCCGAACUCGACGCCUGCUCUGAACCCACAACCGAAAGCACCGAUAAUUUCCAGAACGAAAACAGCGAUAGUCCAUCCUCGGAGGACCAGUCCGGGGAAACGGGCCGCUCUAGGCUGUCCGUAUAUGUCGACUGUUGGGACAACCUAUCGCCCUCGCAGAAUGCGGAAGAUUUCUCCGAGGAACCCAAACCAACCCAGAAUACUGUCUCCGACAUUCCACGGCCCGUAAACCGCCAUUCCAUGGCAGACUCCAACCCCAACCUCAGCAGCAUGAGCGUCGAAUUCCGCCGUCGCUCCAGGGCCUCCCGGGAGCGAGAAGUCUCCCCAAUGCCUCCGGCGUCCACGCUCGCCCUCACCAGACCACCGAAACACGACGCGGCGUCGCUGAUCCACAAGACCUGCGCGCUGGUGUUGGUGCCGCCGAUCCAGCUGCUGGUUGUGCUCAUCCACAUCGCGGCGCGCAUCGUCAUCGGCCCAGCCUUGAACUCGGCUAUGGGCGAGUUGAACCGGAAGAUUGAGUACGAGAUCGCCAGUACACGGGAGACAGUGGAUGAUUUCGACCUGCCGCUUCCCGACUGCUCCAGAUCCUCGUCCGAGGAUGCUGGUAGAAAAGACUUUGCGGGUCUGCGUCGAUCGGCAUAACCUGCAUGCGCUUGGGCCUACAUGCGCCUUUAUUUGCGGGCAUGUCACUCUUUCUCCACUGCUACCCCUGUUGUAUUCUCUAUUGAUGACUCACUCGAUUCCCCACGUUGCUGAUGAUACAUUUGUACGAUUCCUCUCUCUCUCUCUCUCUCUCUCUCUCUCUCUCUCUCUCUCUCUUAUACACCCUCUCACACCUCUCACACACACUCUCCCUCUCUCUCCCUUUGUGCCAUAUGUACGGAUUGUGGGUGGACUGUUCUGGAUCACAUAUGUACCUUAAUGUUUUUUGUACUCUAGCGGUCCCCGCCAAUACAAUAAUCACACGAUCCCUUAGAAAGAUGUCACAUCGGUCCUCAUCGGGAUGAAAGAUCCGUAAAGCCCCUUCCCACUGCCCACUGCCCACUGC